AUGUCUAAAACGGACGUCACACUCGUCGGGGUCGGCAACAUCGGCGCCGCCAUGGUGAACAUCUGGCGCGAGUCCGGGCUGACGGUCACGAUGUGGAACAGAAACCCCGAGCGGCCGAGCCUUAUGGGGCUCGUCGACAUGGGCGCCGUGUUCGAACUUAACCUGCGCACCGCUAUCCUCCGCAGCGACACCAUCGUCAUAUGCGUCUCCAACUACGACAACAUCAAGGAGCUCCUCUCGCCCAUCCUGCCUCUGGACGGUGCCGGGCGAUCCAUGACGGUCAUCAACAUCACCACCGGCACCUCCAAUCAAGCCCGCGAGAUGGAAAGCUGGCUGAAAUCCAACGGCGUCGCGAGGUACUUUGACGGCGCGAUCAUGGUCACCCCUGAACUGGUCGGGACCGAGCAUUCGUCGAUGUACUUCAGCGGGGAGAACGAAGCCGAGUUGUCCAAAGUGGCCGCGAUUCUCGAACCGCUUGGCAAGUACCAUUACGUCGCCGAGGACUCCGGCGCGGCAAGCCUUUGGGACAUCGCCGCCCUCGCCGCCAUGAACGGCAUGUUCACCGGUGCUAUUGUUGCGAUGAACCUGCUCAAGCGGCAGCGACCCGAUAAGGGAGCCAAGGGAGCGCCCUCUACAGAGGUGCCGAUGAAGAAGAUCGUCCUACCUCUGCUCACAACUUUCUUGACGCAUAUUGCGGACAUUGCGCGGGCCUUGGAUGAGGAGGCUUGGAAUGAGAACUUCGGAAACCCCGUGUCGAUGCAGUUGAAGGGACUGCAAACGAUCAUGGAUACCCUUCGUGAGGAGAGGGUCAGUACUGAGGGGCUGGAUCUGUUUGAACGGCUGAUGAAGCGAACAGUGGAGGAAAAGGGGGAGGGUGCGGGAUUGGCUGCAAUGGGAACCUACUUGCUGCAGGAUUGA